CCGAGUAGCGCGAGAUAGGCGGCGGGGAAGCGGAUGCUCUCUGUAGUGAAACAAAUGACCAAUACAUGUCGGUUGUUUAAGCAACAAACAUUUUCAUUGCUAUUAUUUCCACGACUUGUGUGCCGCUAUAUCCAAACUCCAUCUGCCGGAAAGAAGUAGUAAGAAUGUUGGCGGCAGAAACACCAUCAGUGGAGGGACAUUUGGCUGCAUCUACACACCGAAGACGAGGUAUGGAUUGCAAAGCAAGCAACAAUGCCAACAAGAAACUCAUCCAAGCUCGCCUCCCUUUCAAGCGCCUGAACCCUGAACCCAAAGAGAACGCGCUGCCCAAGCGUCCUCGUGCAUACGCCUGUCCUGAACCACAAGUCUCUGACUGGGAGAACGACGAGUCCUCUCCUCUCAACGUGCGCAGUCGACCCUCCUUGGUCAACGGCCGAGGCCCCCUUGAUUGUUUCCUAAAUCGCGGUGCCCCCACAGCUUCUGAUGACAUCAUAGAUCUGACGGAAGACACCUCGUCGCCCGUCAAGAUGUCAGAUGCUCCUGCCGCACGCGACCGCACGUUGAAAGACAAAGCAAGUCGGGACACGACCGCGUCCUCCAGGAAGCUGAGUGGUGCGGACCGUCCCGCUGACAUGCACAUGCUAGACCGGUCACACGUCCCGGCCCACAAAGGCGAAGCCAAAGAGCCGGAGGACGAAGGCGGCUCCCCGCUUGACACGACGCAGGACUCGGACAGCGAGCUGGAGGAGCUGAAUACGUCGGAGAAUGUUUCCAGUUUGGGGAACAAGUCAUCCAGCAGUUCCACGCACGACAGCUCACCAGAGGGGAGCAAAACCACCAUGCCCACGGAGCCAGCAACCACUCCUAAAAUCCCUGCAGAUCAGAAAAAGAUCAGAAGACGCUCGUUAAAGAGUCCACAAGAGCAAGAAGAGAGGCUUCGGGUGCGGCAAGAGAGGGAGCGGCAGAAGGAAGAGGCUAAGGCUGCUAAAGAGAAAAAGAGGGAAGAGACCCGCAAGCUGAAAGAGGAGCGUGUGAAGGAGAAGCGUGAGAAGAAGGAGAAGGAUGAGCAGGAGAGACGGGAGAAGAAGGAGAAGGAGGAAAGGGAAAAGGCAGAGAGGCUGAAAGCAAAAGAGGAGCAGCGCAAAUCUAAGCUGGAGGCCAAGCUUGAGGAGAAGCGUAAGAAAGAGGAAGAGAAGCGAAUGAAGGAGGAGGAGAAGCGCAUGAAAGAAGAGAAAGACCGUCUGAAAGCUGAGAAGGCAGAGAUUACCAGGUUUUUACAGAAAUCCAAAAUCCAGCAGGCCCCAAAGACUCUGGCGGCUGCCUGUGGGAAGUUUGCUCCAUUCGAAAUCAAAGACAACAUGUGCAUGGCACCACUGUGCCGGGUUCAGUGCGAGGAGUCAGCCCUGGAGGAUCUGGACCGCUACUUGUCGUACCCCAGUGACAGCCCGUGCUCACUGAAGGACUGGGUCAAGCGGAAGCCUCGCCGGUCAGGCCCUACCAGACCCAGGCUGCCCAACCCGGUUAGUGACUGUGUAGCCGUGGAUGGGCCCAAAGGGGACGACGUGCCGGACCGCAAACAGUUUGGACCCAUGAAGCUGCUUCUGUUUCACGAGAACUACCGACCAGCUUACUGGGGCACUUGGAGGAAGAAGAGUUCGCACAUCACACCACGCUGCCCCCUCAGGCAAGACAAGGAUUUGUUGGACUAUGAGGUGGACAGCGAUGAAGAAUGGGAGGAAGAAGAGCCCGGGGAGUCCCUCUCGCACAGUGAAGGGGAGGAUGAGGAGGAAGGGGGUGAGGAUGAUGACGACGACGACGACGGCUUCUUUGUUCCUCAUGGAUACCUUUCGGAUGACGAGGGGGCACUGGAAGAAGAGGAUGGCGGCGACCUGGAAAAGCAGAAACUGCAACAGAAGCUGAAAGCGAGGGAGUGGGAUGAGCUGAUGUCCACCAAGAACAAGAUGAGGGUGUUGCAGCCGCUGGUGCGGGGCUGCAUCUGGGAGGGAGAGGCGCCUGCCUCCGACCUCCUGCAGUCGUACGCUGUGUGCGUCAUUAAACCCUUACCCAAAGCGGCCACCAGCCCCAGCCCGCAGGAGCAGACUCUAAAAUGGGCUGGAGAAGCACAGUUGCUCAGGCAGCUGCUGCCACUGCUGCAUGGCAACUUAAACAGCAGCAAAGUGAUCAUCGCCGAGUUUCAGGAGUUUUGGCGUCGGCAGACCUUGUCCUCCACAUCACCUGCAGGACCGUCCAGCCUGGACAGAUCAGCUGACGUGCCCACUCGAAUACAGCUGAGGCGUGUCAUCAAGAACAACGCCGUGUAUGAGAAGCGCUCCAUCUACAGACGCUGCUGCUGGUACGUGCAUGCUGACGUGCUCACUCGCUUUUCCCUGGAGGCUCUCCCGGUGCCGUGCCAGUGGUCCUACCUGACCAGCGGGGCUCGAGAGGAGUCAUCCCGUGAAGAGAAGCAGGCAGCCACAGGCUCCCAGGGAAACUCCCCCGCCACGCCGCAGAGGUCGUCAGCCAUGUGCUCGUCUUCCAACAAGAGAAAAAGCACAGGCAGUAUGUCCAUCACCAAAUUCAUGAAGCCAUGCAGCGACCCCGAGCAGAUGGAGGCAGACACGGAGGAUGAUGAGGAUGAUGAUGAUGACUGUGUGGUUGUCUCCAUGCAGAGCAGCUCAGCCAGAGAGAACUCCUCCCUCGAGGGGGACGACGUGAUGGAAGUCACGCCCUCCAGCACGGCCGCUCUCCCGGUGGCCAGCGCUGCUCCCACCUUGGCCACAGCCUAAGAAUUCAUGGAAUUCCAAGAUGAAGCACCACACUGCUGCUGCAGGCCUGCUCACACCGACUGUCUGCUCAAUAUUACGCCACAGGCGGGCAUCAAACCUCACAGGUGCGUUCAUGGAACAAAGACGCACAGGAAAAAACAGCAUUACUUACGGUUUUAACAAAGAUCCGCAUUGUAACCUUCAUAUACUCUGUUCUUCUACACACGCGCACACACAGUGUCUUUUUCUUUACCAAGUGGCGGACAGUAAAAGUUGGCAAAUGAAAAGUUCCAUGUAUUUCUAACCCUGCCAGCUCACUGGAGUAGCCAAGAGAUGUUUUAUAUAAAUAUGUAUUUUGUGUUUUGCAACAAUACUUGAACAAGAGCAAAUUCAUUAAACAAUAAUAAAAUGUCUGCAGUUGAUUGUGGGCCUGCCAGAG